AUGAGCCCUGGGGAGAAAGCUGCCACUACAUUUAAUGCCACAUUUGUUCGCCCUGCAAAAUUUUAUAUCAGUGGAUUUUCUGACAUCCCUCAUGUAAAGUAUUACUAUAUCUUCCUGUGUUUUGUUUAUGUCAUGACUGUUUUUGGGAAUGUUUUUCUCCUCUCCGUUAUCUACCUGGUGGAGACUCUUCAUACUCCUAAAUACAUGAUUGUGUCCAGCCUGGCUGUGACAGAUUUGUGUGGCAGCACUGCUCUUAUUCCCAAACUCUUAGAAACAUUUUUGUUUGAUAAGAGGUACAUUGUCUAUGAGGCUUGCUUAAGUUAUAUGUUCUUUGUUUUAUUCUUUGCAAGUGUGCAAUCUUGGACACUUACCACUAUGGCAUAUGACAGAUUUAUAGCAAUUUGCUUUCCUUUAAGAUACCAUAGUAUUGUGACUAAACGAGCUAUUAUUGCAAUGAUAAUGUUUGUAUGGGGCUUUUUAUUGAUUCUCAUAGCGUUUACUGUUGGGCUUAUUAAUCGCCUCUCUUUCUGUAGAUCUUUGGUGAUUAAGAGCUUUUUCUGUGAUCAUGGACCUGUAUUUUAUCUGGCCUGUAAUGACACAUCUUUAAAUGACAUCAUGGCAUAUGUUGCUUUCAUUAUAGUCCUCUGUAUUCCUCUUAUACUAAUAGCAAUCACAUAUUUUUGCAUUGCCAUAGCACUGAGCAGGAUUGCAUCAGGAGUGGAAAGACUUAGAGCUUUGAAAACUUGUUCUUCUCACCUGAUCCUUGUGGCUAUUUUUUUCCUACCAACAGUUGGCACCAACAUAGCUGCGGUAGCCUCCAACAUACAUCCUAACGCCAGGAUCAUAAACUCCUUGUUGACACACACCAUACCUGCUCUGCUCAAUCCUAUUGUGUACUCUUUAAAGACAGAAGAUGUGCUGAACUCUAUAAAUAAGCUUUUCAAAAUGAACAAAAUUAAAAUUGUUUGA